AUGGCGUCGUCCACCUCCACGACGUCGGGCGGCGACGAGCGCCCUCGCGCGCCCCACGCCGACACGUCCGCUGCGGCGGGGACGGCGCCGGCGGCGCCGCUGACGCUGCCGCAGGCGCACGUGGAGUGGGCCGCCUCGAUGCAGGCCUGCUACGCCGCCGGUGGGCAGCCUUACGCCUGGCACGCCGCGCAGCAGCACCUGAUGGCGGCGGCCGCGGCCGGGGCGCCGUACGGGACGCCGGUGCCGUUCCCCGUGUCGUUCCACCCCGCGUACUACGCCACGCACGCGUCAAUGGCCACGGUGAACGCCGCUGGACCCCCUCCCUCGAUCGUUUCAUUUUCGAGUGUGCCCUACCCGACUGCUGAGCCGGUGGCGGUGGCCGAAGGGAAGAGCAAGAGGAAGAGCUAUGGCGCCCCCUCUGGUGGUUGCACUUCCGGAAGUGCCGGUGGGAGCGAGAACUCAUCAGAUAAAAGAGAUGCUAGUGCCCAUCAUAAGGUAUUACCUUCUGUAAAGAGGAGAAAGUCCAGCGGCGCCAACGUACAAGGUGAGCCAUCGCAGGCUGCAACAGCUCAAAAUGCUGCAGCUGAGUCACGGAUCACAGCAAAAAAGAAGUCCGCAGCAAAACUCUCCAUUUCGACACCUGAGAUGGCUGCAACCUCCAAUGUCAGACCCAACUUGAACAUUGGGAUGGAACUUUGGAGUGAUUCUCCAGUUAAAGCAGAUACCUCUGGACAGGGCGAAAUAUAUGCUGCGGCGCCUUCCCAGCAUGGCAGCGCUUUGUCGAUGAUGGAUGAGCGAGAACUGAAAAAGGAGAGAAGAAAACAAUCUAACAGAGAGUCAGCUAGAAGGUCAAGACUAUUCAAGCAGCAAGAAUGUGAGGAACUAGCGCAGAAGGUAAUUGACCUGACCGCAAUUAAUGGCACACUCAGAUCCGAACUCGAGGAGUUUAAGAAGGCCUGUGAAGACAUGGAAGCAGAGAAUUCACAACUAAUGGGUGAAUUGAAACAGUUCGAGGCGCCUAGUGUUGUAACAACUUUGAGCAUCCAGAUUGACACAUCAAAGGCACAUCAUAGAAGCAGCGACCAGCAUGGUAAUAAAAAUAACACUGAUAGCAAGGUGUAG